UGGGGUUCUCAGUUUGAAGCUGAGAUCAGCACUCACUCUGCAGACAUGAAGUUUGUAUUGCUUUUUGCUCUUUUCACUGGUGGGGUUCUGGCGGCCCCAUUUCUGAGAGAUGAGGAAGCAAAGCGCUUCAUCCGACUGAAAAGACAGUCGGGAUACUGGGACCCCCACAAUUCUCAGAACCAGUGGGGUUACACCAUCCAGGAGCAGGCUAACGAGUACUGGACAGCCCUUCGAACAGAUGCCCAGUUCUACAUGGAUAUGGGUCACCUGAUGUUUGACCAGUCUGUGGCGGAUGAGAACCACAGACUGUACAUGGAGAUGUUGCGCAAUACGAGAGCUCACUUGGACAGCCAGACCGGAGGACGCAAAUAGAGAAGACGAAGACAAAUGAUAUGAGGGUUGACAUGAUAGACAUGAUUAUAAUGUGGCUAAUGCAAAGGGAAUGUUCCAUGUUUGUACUGUAAAACUGCUCUGUACCUAUGUUUUUAAUGCAAAUAAAAGAUUAAAAAGUA